GCGACAGCUGAUGAGAAAGAUCGAGUGUACCUCUGUCUUCCAAGACGCACAUUGUUCGAUCUUAAGUAUAUGUCUGGGUAGCAGUCAUAGUUUUUGAGGUUAGAGGCUAGGGGUCCUUAUCAUUUGCGUAAUCAUGUAUUCGCCGCGACUAGCUUUAUCAAGUGUUAUCAAAGGAAUCAGUGGAUAUUCUAAAGGUCAUGCAGUGGCCUUAGGGAGGUGGAAAACAUUCCAAUUACUGACCCUGAGGAUGAUAUCUGACGCUGCCAAGGAAAUGGAACCAAAUAACAACACUAUCGUCCCCUUUCCCCCGCCGCCCUCAGUGGGUUUCGACGAGGUCAAGAGGCGCCUUCAUGAAGGCUCAAUUGUCUUGGUGGAUGUUCGAGAAUCUCCCGAGCGUGUGGAUCCUGGAAGGAUUCCUGGAUCUCUCCACGUUCCCUUAUCGCAAUUCAAGGACGCCUUCCAUGGAGAUGACAAGACCUUCGAAGCCCAUUAUGACUUUCCCAAGCCCAAGCCAGAAUCCGAGAACCUUUGCUUGCAUUGCUAUGCCGGUAAAAGAGCCCGGGUAGCUGCCACUCGACUCCAAGAGUUACAUUAUCGUGAUUUCUGUGUCUAUGACGGCGGGUUUCAAGAUUGGGAGGAACAAGGGGGUCCCAUCCUCCGAGGGGCUGGGGCAAACUUGAUCUUUUUUGAUCAAGUCAAGCAAGGAUUGGAGGAAAAGUCGAUCAUCCUGAUCGAUGUCCGGAAACCUCACGAAAGGUUUCACCCUGGACGAAUUCCAGGCAGUGUGAACAUUCCACUGUCUGCUUUAUUCACGGCUUUUCACAUGAGCCCUGAAGAGUUUGCGUUUACCUAUGGCUUUGACAAACCAUGUCUCAACGAUGGAAACAGCGAUUCACAACUAGUUUUGCACUGUCUUAGGGGAAAACGGGCUCAAGAUGCGGCCGACAAAUUGGCUUUGCUUGGCAUUGAAACUGGCGUUUACAAGGGCAGCUUUAUGGAUUGGAUGGAACAAGGUGGAACUGUCGAGCGACACAUGGAUUGCCUGGACGUCAAGGAGGGUCUGGAGGAGGGCAACAUCACUUUGAUUGAUGUCCGUGAUAACCAAGAACUUGAAACUGAGGGACGAAUUCCUGGGGCCAAAGAAAUCCCACUGUCAGAACUUGAGAAUGCCUUUCAAUUGAGCAAAGAAGAGUUUGUCAGUAAAUAUGGCUUUGAGCGACCAAGCCAGACCGAUUUGAUUGUGACUUCCUGCAAAAUUGGGAAACGAGCCGAGGCGGCUUGUAAUAUGCUGCAACAACUAGGAUUUCGUGCCACUUUUUAUAAAGGGAGUUAUGAUGAUUGGAGGCAACACGAAAGUACAGAAUGAGCAGCGAUUUGACUUUAUUCCUGAGACUAUUUGAGUGGCAAAUAUUAGCUUUCAUGACUUGAGAUGGGGUAUUCUCCCUUGUAAUUCUCAACGUGCUUCUUCAUGUCCUCCAUCUGUUUCCUGGAAAGACAUUUUCAUCAAACAACGGUAUAUAGGGAUCAGUUGAUCAGUCAAUGAAAAUAUAUAUUUUACGUACUGGAGAUGGGGCGGAACAUCGUCAUAAACAUCCGUGAACAUCUCCUCCCACUUAGGCUUCAAAGCCUUUUCAGCCUUGCCAAAUGCUUUUAGAACCUAAAAAACGAGCAAAAAACAUGUACGAGUACGAGUAUAUUCCCCGCUCAAGUUGAAUCGUUCUACUUCUCUGAAAAUCGAUAUAAGAACGAAUCUACUCCACCGUUAAGCUCUAAAUAUGCCACAUUUUUCACAAUAUCGUACGCGCAAUCUUAACAUCGACACAAAAACCCUAAAGCAUCUAAUCCAUCUUGCAUAAACAAUCAAUAACCCUCCCUUGCUCAAAAAGUACGGUAACAGGUGUACGACGUGUACUUCAUCCCCAAAAGAUUCCAUUAUCAAUUAUCAUCAAUCCAGCAUUCUUGAUGAAAAAGCUCACCUGCUUUCUCGAGUCAGUCUUCCACUCAUUCUCCUUCUCUUCGCUCCAAAUCCCGCGUUCUUGGAGGUAGCUGGCGAAUCGAGUGAUUGGGUGGUCCUUUUGAUCCCAAUACCGAACCUCAUCCACGGACCGGUAAGCUGAACUAUCGUCUGAGGUCGAAUGGUGACCAAUGCGGUAAGUCAUGGCCUCAAUGAGGACGGGUCGACUUUCUCGCACGGCAAUCUCUCUGGCCGCUUUUGUGGCAUUGUACACGGCAAACACAUCGUUGCCAUCCACUCGGAUGGUGGACAUGCCGUAGGCAGGACCACGAAUGGCGAUACCGUCACCUCUAUACUGUUCGUGCACCGGGGUCGAAAUGGCAUAUCCAUUGUUUCGGC